AUGAGUGUUUCACGAUUACAAUAUCAGAAACCAUAACUAACUAGACAAGUCUCUGCUACUUCAAGAACGACUCCCAAAGAUAUCAAUCCUGAUAACACGAUUAUGUCAUUCCUUAAAUCAAUGGAUACAAAAUAGGCUGCCGUAUUAAAUAGAUCACUACGUUAAGGAGAGAAACUCAAUGUUAGAAAUCAGCAAGCUCCCACUACCUAAACACUAAGUAGCAGAAUCCAAUUAUCGACUGUUGAGAGAUAAAUAUUUAAUAACCUCGAAUUAAGGUAUAUUAGUAACAAGAACUUUCUAGAAUUUAAAAGUUACCUCAAAAAGAAUAAGAGUAUGUUAAACAACUUUUGGGGUAGAUCGAAAAUGGAGAGUAAAAACAUGAAGAACUAAUCUAAUUUUUUAAAAAUAACAAAAGUAAAAGAAUACAAUUAAGAAUUUUGUCUAAUUAUGGGAAUAGUACUUCAGUAGGAUUAACAGGGGUUGAAUUACUAAAUCAAUAAUCAAAACUCAUUAAAAUAACAUCCAUCAUUUCAGAUGAUGAUUCCAAUAAUACAAUCACUAAUCUCAUUAAUGGACAUAAUUUGAUAAUUAACUAGGAAUACAUGUGGAUAACAAGUUAUAAAUCAUUUCCAAUCACGAUUACUCUUCAUUAUGUGGAGGAGUCUGAAGUCCUCACACAUGUCAAAAUUUGGAAUUUUAAUAAAAAUAGAAAGGAAUUGGAUAAAUGUGUACAAAACCUUGAGAUUCUACAAAAUGAACAAUUGGUUUGGUAAGGUUAACUAAAAAGAGGAGUAGGCAACACCUAUACUGAAUAUGCAGAUCUAUUGGAAUUGAAAACUAAUAAUCUAAUGAAAGAAGUAGUCCCUCAGCCAUUCUACCAAUCGAUGUAAUCAAUGGUUUCUAAGAAAUCAGAUGACAACAUGUAAUUGUUAUUAUCAUUAUAUCAUAGUAUAAAUCAAUCAAAAGCAUCUAGUUAAUUUAAGCAUUAAAAACCUAAGGUUAUGAAAAAUCCCUUUGAUGAUGAGAAGAGAAUCAAAUAGCCAGAACCUUAAGCUGCCAAAAUAUAAGUUAAUUAGAAGAGAUUAUUCAAAAACCCUAUGAAUUUGUUUCCACAAAAAUAAUUGACUGAAGAAGACACUACAAUCACAAAUCUCAAAAGAGGUGUUGCUCAUAUAGCCGCUGGAUAGACGAAAUAGAGAAUAAAAGGAAUCACCAUUCCUGAUUGUCCUAUUGGAAAUUUAUUGAUAUUUAAAUUACUGAGAAACUGGGGAGAUAUGUUUUAUAUUGGAUUAACUGGGAUAGAGAUAUUUGAUUAUUUAGGAAACAAAGUUUAAAUUAUGGAGGCGAGUGGUUUUUUUAAGAAUCCUAGUGUUUUGUUUGAUGAUAAUUAUCUGACUCAGGAUGAGAAAUGCAUGUGUUUGGAUAGGAUUGAUAAGAAUAUGGAGAUUAAAUUGAGAUUCAAGGAGACCAAAAUAGCAAUGAUAAGGAUCUGGAAUUAUAAUAAAGGAAGAACACAUAGAAAUAAAGGAGUGAGGAAGAUGGAGAUAUUGAUUGGAAUGGAUUCAUCUGAUUCAGUAGAUCCCAUCUUUUAUGAUGAGAUCAAGUAAGCUAAUGCCACUUGUAAUAGUGACAAUGCAGAGUACAUCAUGUUCACUAAUAAUCAAUAAAUAUUAGAUAAAAUAUCCUAAUCUGAUUGGUUGAAUACAUUGCAUCAGAGUUAGAUUCAACAAUAAAAGUAGAUCUUAGAGAACACAAUUAAAUUAAGUAGACCAGAUACAGCCACAUUUAAUAAACAUAACCAGUAAAAACAGAACAAUGCCAUCCUCAUCAAAUAACCAUCUGAUAAGCUCUUAUAAUCUAAUUGUAAGAAACCCUUUGCAUCUAUACUCAACACAUUGCCCACUGUAACUGUCAAAACAUUGACCAUUUAUAUUUUAAAGAAUUGGGGAGACAAAUAUGUUGGAUUGGAUAAGAUAGAAAUUCAUGAUAAAUAUGGAUAAUCAUUGAAAAUUAAAAAAUACAAAGUGAUUACAUAUCAAUCGGAAACCAUAAUGAAUAGUGAUGAAAGAUGGCAAUUUCACAAUGGGUAAAUUAGGAUUCAAUUCUCAUUUCCAUAAUCUAUUCAGAUCAGCAGGAUUCUCAUUUGGAAUUACAACAAGGAGGAUGAAUUAGAAAAAGGAGUACAACUAAUAAAUGUAGAAGGAGAUGAUCAAACAUUGAAUACUAUUUAAGGGAUCUUUUUAAGAAAGGGUCAUGGAUUACCUGAUGCUAAUGAACCUUAAGUCAUUGACUUACCAUACCAAUAGAAUAUCAAAACCAUUUUAGCCAAUUAUCAAUUUGAAAAGAGUAUCUAUUUAGAUUAUGAAACUGCUCAAUUACCUCAAGGCACUAAGAUUACAAUAAAAUUAAUAUCGACUUGGGGAGAUUUACAUUAUAUUGGAUUGAAUGGAUUUGAAUUGUUCGAUCCAAAUGGUGAUCUCAUUAUGCCCAAAUUAUAUGCAAAACCAUAUUCAGUUAAGGAACUUCCUGAAAUGGACAUGGAUGUUAGGACACCAGAUAAAUUACUGAACAAUUGCAAUGUUACAUUGGAUGCCAAACAGAUUUGGUUGGCUCCUUUUGUUAAUUCGUAUACAAACAGAUUGCAAACUAAUAUUAACUCAAGUGUUUUUGAUUAAGUAAAUUACCAAGUUAAUAAAUUGAUAUUGCUAUUCGAUUCACCUCAAUAAGUCUCAGCCAUAUCAUUUUAUAAUUAUAGUAAAACACCUGUUAGAGGAGUGAAAGAGUGUGAAAUUUCUAUGGACGAUUAUAUAAUAUAUCAAGUAAUGGUUAUAUUUAUCUCAAGGGCUAUUUAAAUUUAUCCACUCUAACACAAACUCCAAAAGGGAUCAUAGGGAAUAAUAAAACUACUGUUUUAUUCACAAGAGAUGAAAGACUCAUUGAAUAGAUAGGAUCUGUGGAAAUAAGAGACAGUAUAUUAGGAUCUGAGACAACUUUGAUAAAUGAAAAUUAGGUAGAUAAUUAUAAUAAUUAUUAGAGGGAAACCAUCAAUAGUAUCAAGAACAAACUAGUAAGACAUUAGCAAUAGAAAUUGUAUAAAGAAUUGGAUAGACCAACAACAACCGAAGUUUACUGA